AAGCUUUGAAGGAAGAAUGGCAUCUUCAUUCUCAGCUCUAAAGCAAUUGCCAUAUGAAAAGUCCUCAACUCUUUACCUUUUAUCAACAAUUGGCAUCAUUAGCAUCUUUCUUUUUCUUAAACUCACAAGAACAAGAAGAAACAAAUCCAAUAAUCUUCCACCAUCUCCACCAAAGCUUCCCUUAAUUGGAAACCUUCAUCAAGUAGGAAGAUUGCCACACCGCUCCUUCCAUGAGCUCUCAAAGAAGCAUGGCUCUCUCAUGUUCCUUCAAUUAGGGCAAAUUCCAACCUUAGUUAUUUCUUCAGCCGACACGGCCAAAGAAAUAACCAAAAAUCAUGAUAUUAUUUUCUCAAACAGACCUCAGGUAACAGCGGCAAAAAUCUUUGUAUAUGGAUGCAAAGAUGUGGCGUUUUCGCCCUACAGCGAAGAAUGGAGACAGAAAAGAAAAAUUUGUGUUCUUGAACUUUUAAGUCUGAAGAGAGUAAAAUCAUUUCAAUCCAUUAGACAGGAAGAGGUAGUCGAAUUGGUUAAUUCGAUUCGUGAAUCUUGUGCUACAAGUAAAGUAGGGAGUGUGAUCAAUCUUAGUGAGAUGAUGAUUGCAGCAUCCAACAAUAUAGUAUCAAGAUGUGUUCUUGGACAAAAAUAUGAUGCCCCAAAAGAUGGAAGAAGCAACAACUUUGGAGAUCUUGGAAGGAAAUUGAUGAAACAUUUUGCUGAUUUUUGUGUUGGUGAUUUUUACCCUAAUUUGGGUUGGGUUGAUGUUCUUAGAGGGCUUAUUCCUGAAUUCAAGACCACCUUUGCUGGAUUAGAGGCAUGUUUUGAUGAGCUGAUUGAAGAACAUAAGAGGAUGAAGAAAAAUAAUGAAGAACCAUUAUCUAUUAAAAAAGAUUUUGUUGAGAUAUUGCUUCAAGUUCAAGAAGAUAGUGUUCUUGAUUUUCAGCUCACUGGAGAAGACAUCAAAGCAAUCCUAGCGGACAUGUUUGUUGGAGGAAGUGAUACUACUUCAACAACUCUAGAAUGGACUUUUGCUGAGCUCCUCAAGAACCCAAAUGUCAUGAAGAAAGCCCAAGAAGAGGUAAGAAGAGUUGUGGGGAGCAAAUCAAAAGUGGAAGAAAAUGAUGUGAAUCAAAUGAACUAUUUGCAUUGUGUGAUCAAAGAAAGUCUUAGAUUACAUCCACCUCUCCCUCUUUUAAUUCCUCGAGAAACAUUAUCAGCUGUGGAAGUAAAAGGGUACGAUAUUCCUCCAAAAACAAGGGUAUUUUUUAAUGUAUGGGGAAUUCAAAGGGACCCUGAGUUAUGGGAAAAUCCUGAAGAAUUUCUUCCUGAGAGAUUUGAAAAUAUCCAAGUUGAUUUCAAAGGACAAGAUUUCCAAUUCCUCCCAUUUGGUACUGGAAGAAGGGGAUGUCCUGGAAUUUCAUUUGGACUGACUUCUGCUGAAUAUAUUCUUGCUAAUCUUCUAUAUUGGUUUGAUUGGAAGCUAUGUGAUAAGAAUGGUCAACUAUUACAUGACGUAGACAUGAGUGAACUUUGUGGGCUCACUGUCACUAAAAAAGUACCACUUCAUCUUCAACCCAUACCAUGCUACUCUGUUAUUUAG